AUGGCAGCUGAAAUGGAGACACUGAAACACCAAAUCAAGGAGAAGGGUGUUGUUGGAGUGGGCAACCACAGCGAGUGCUCCCCGCCCCGUCGCUCUGACAGUCAUCGCCGAGAUGGGACGCCCUCUUUCUCUAUCACAAGAAGCUUUGUAGUUGGAGACUCUGACCCACCAGUGGAGAGAUCUCACACUCACGACUGCAGUUACCGUCCCUUACGUCCAUGGACGACGUCGAGAUACUCUUACUCUGCCCAUUUGGGGGACCUGAGGGAUGUAUUGGAGGAGCGAGCUCGCUGUAGAGAGACCCAAAGAUUGCCAGCGAUGCAAAGGCUGAGUCCCCAAACCCGUUGCAGUGAGGAAGUGGCAAUGCUAGUGCCUAGAAUAAUGGCCCCAGCACCAAUGGGCAGAGAGCUAGCAAGAUUUACCGCUACCCCACUGUCCCCAGAGAUCGAGAGCAUGCCACUCCCUACCGGAUUCCAUCAACCUAAGUUCACAGUGUACGAUGGCAAAAUGGAUCAGUACAUGCGCAUGAAUAAUUACUCGCAAGUAAUGGCUCCCCACCGGCGCAAUGGUGCCUUGAUGUGUCUCAUAUUCACAGCAAGUUUGGGAGAACUGGGCCUGAAGUGGUUUGAAAGACUCCUAGAGGAGAGCAUCGAGGGGCAGCAACAACUAGCAGAGGGCUUUGUCACCAGAUUCAAAACCAACAUUCAAACACCGAAGGAGGUUGACCACCUCCUGAGUGUCAAGAUGGAAUCUGGAGGUUCUUUCAAGGCAUACAAUGCCAAGUAUUGGGAAACUUACAAUGAUAUCCUUGAUUGCCCCACCAUUCUUGCUAUUGCAAAAUACAAGCGAGGUCUCCCAGUCGGAUAUAGGCUUGAAGAGGAAGAUGCCAAGAGAAAAUUGAAAUCACGAACCGGCACCACCACUAUCUUUAAGAUCCCAAUUUACCGCAUCCUAAAUGAGACCCAAGGUGAGCCCUACGUGCGUUGGCUGGCCAAAUUGGGAGACACACAGAGGGGCUUCAACUCAAGGUAUGGCUGCACCUUCCAUGAAGAAAGGGGGUACCGAACGGAGGACUGUGUGCCGCUCAAACGACAUUUGGAGGAGCUGGUGGCGGCUGGGUAUCUGGACCAGUACAUAGACAGGGCUAUGAGGACCGCCCCACAAGGACAGGUUGAACCAAAUGGCCUUGCUGUCCUGGAUGCAGCACCCCGAGGCGUAAUCAAUGUCAUUCACGGCAUCAUCGAACUAGCGCAAGUUUGUGAGCUGAGGGGGAUAAUCAAAAAGGCUGAGCACAUGAGGGAAGUGCUCUCUGUUCAACCCAGCAUGAAGAAAGGAAAGACCGAGGUAAAAGACCUCUUAACUUUUUCAAAGAAGGACUUGGAGAGAAUUCAAACGCCACAUAAUGAUGCUUUGGUGGUGACCCUUCGCAUCAAGGACUUCAAUACCAAAAGAAUUCUAAUUGACUAA